UCCACUUCUCCCUUUCGUGGCCUCUGCUCCCUGCCCGCACCCUCAGAGCCUUCCGCACCCUCGCCUUGGACUGGGGGCUCCUCUGCCAUUCCUGCUCAAUUCUGUGGCCCCACAAACCAGCCAGUGAGCCAGACCCCGGGAAGGGGAAGUGGUUUCCUGCAGCGGGCUGGUUUCCCCAGGGUGGGUCUGAGUACCCUGCCUCCCUAAGGGUGUUCCCCACCCCAGCUCCACAAGCAGAGCCCACCGGAACCAUGAUCCCAAGACUCAUCCUGACCCUUGCCCUCUGGGCCAGCUGCUCACCUUGCAGCGGGAGAGAAGGGCCCCCGGCAGCCCCCUCUCAUCCCAGAGCGCGGUGCCGCGCCGUUAGGUACCCAAUUGCCGUCGAUUGCUUCUGGACCCCGCCGCCUGCUGCAAACUCCACCAGGUCCACAUCCUUCAUCGCCACGUACAGGCUUGGAGUGGCCGCCCAUGGGGAGAGCUGGCCCUGCCUCCAGCAGACACCAGAAGCCACCAACUGCACAAUCCCAGACGUCCAGAUGUUCUCCAUGGUACCCUACAUGCUCAAUGUCACGGCUGUCCACUCCUGGGGCGUCAGCAGCAGCUUCGUGCCCUUUAUCCCAGAGCACAUCAUCAAACCAGACCCUCCAGAAGGUGUGCACCUGAGACCCCUCCCUGGGCAGCUGCUGCGGGUGCAGUGGGAACCCCCCAAGUCCUGGCCCUUCCCAGAGAUCUUCUCCCUCAAGUACCGGGUCCGCUACAAGCGUCACGGAGCUGCCCGCUUCCGCCAGGUGGGUCCCAUUGAAGCCACAUCCUUCACCCUCCGGGCUGUGAGGCCCCACUCCAGGUACUGCAUCCAGGUGGCUGCUCAGGACCUCACGGACUACGGGGAGUCGAGUGACUGGAGUCUCCCUGCCACUGUCUCGGUGACCCCGGGCAAGUAGCGGGGCUUCCCAGGACCAUGGAACAGGGGCUGGGUCCUGGACAUCCUCCCCCACUGCUAUCCACUCAAAGGUAGAUGGGACCUGACUGGCCUGGUUUUGCUGCUGCUGCUGAGUUGCUGGGCACCCUUGGACAAGUGACUUUGCCUCUGAGCCUUAGUUUCCUAACCUGUGAAAUGGAUGUACUCCCUCCUUUGACUACAGAACUGUGAAUAUGAAAUACUUUUCUAUUGCUUAAUUAGACAAGGACCGUUGUCACUAGAAUUGGAUUCUUUCCCUUCAUUCAACAGACCCAGAGAGAAAUCAUAGGGCAGGACCGAGCAGGAUACACAUCCUGGAAACCGCCACGCCAUUGUCCGGUGUCAGGGCUAGACCAGAGGAAGAGACGUGGGCUGGGGAGUUGGGGUUCUACAUGGAUGGGAUGGAGGGACCCUUUCAGUUCAGCUGUGUAAUUCACCCACCAUCUCAGUAGCUGCCCAGAUGUGAGCGCCACUGUGGGUGGACACAAAUGGGACAUGAGUUUGUACAGGAAAAUUCCUCUGAGGAAGAGGCAAAGCAGCCAGGCCCUGAAGGAUUUCCUCAAUCCACGGGCCUGUCUGUGGAUUUCACUUAGGCCUCAUCUCAAAGGUCACGUCCUCUGAGAAGCCUUCUCUGACCACCUCAUCUGUGGCUGGCAGAACAAUGGCCCCCCAAAGAUAUCCACGCCCUAACCCCCAGAACCUGUGAAUAUGGCACUUUACAUAAAA